AUGGAUGAGAGGAGGAGACAACGCAACCUCAGAGAUGAAGUGGCUCCUUACGGGGGAACAGAGCUGAAGCAGCAGCAGCAGCAGCAGCAGCAGCUGCAGCAGCAGCACCAACUGCAGCAGCAGCAGCAGCAGCACAUGGAGGCAGCAGGGCAGAGGUUUAGCUCUGCCCUUCACUCAGAUGCCUCCACUAUCAGCAAUGCUUCCGACAGCACCUCUGCGUCUCUACGGGAGAAGGCUCUGAAGCUGCAGCAGGAGGCCCUACUAAGCAGAGACCAGGCCACCUGUGUGCGGGGCCCCCAGCAGACGUUUCGUUUGCGUGUAGCUGAGAUGAGGGAGCAAGAAGCAGCGCGGCUGCUGCAGCUAGCUGACGAGCAGGAUGCAGGGGCCCCCUCGUCAGGGGUACUACAAGGUGUAUCAGGGGGGCCCCCAGGGGCCCCCGGGGGGGGGCCCCCAGGGGCCCCCGCAGAUGCUCUCUCCCCUGCAUGCAGCGAUAACCAAAUUCUCAUGUCCGCGAGGGGACAGAUACUCUCCGAUACAAAUUCUGUCUCCAACGGAAACAGCCCCAGAGGAGGAGCAACGCAUGCAGUGAGACACAUAACAUGCAUGCAGCAGCAGCAGCAGCAGCAGCAGCAGCAACAGCAGCAGCAGCAGUAG